GCGCAGCCCGGCUCCUCGCCUCUGCCUGCCCGGGGGAAGCCGCUGCAAGGGAAAAGGCCGUAGGACCUUGCCUUCCCUUCCCGGGGGAAGCCGCUGGAAGGGAAAAGGCCGUGGGGCCUCUCCCCAGCCCGACGCGCUGCCGGCAGCGGGGCCCCGGCGCGGCGGCUCCGCGGCCGGGCGGAGCGUGCGGCACCGGACCGGGCCCGGCGGCGCUUCCGGCUCCGCGGCUCCAUGGACGCCAACCUGCGCUUCUGGAGGGCGGAGGGGCAGUCUUUCUUCCAGAGGUUUCUCCUCUGGGCGGACGCCUUGGAUCCGCUGCUGCUGCUCAAGUCCUCCAAUGAAAUAAAAAGAACCAGGUUAUCAAUACUAAUCAAUGAGAAGACCCUAAGUGAGCCCAUACAGAAUAAUCAGACUAAAAAAGCCUUCUUGCUAAGCCUGUCCAGUGUACAUCCUGAUACAGACAAGAUAAUUCCUGUUUUGUUUAGACCUCCAGCUUUUAUGCCUGUAACUCUUCCCUUGGUCAUCGUUUCAUCUGUUCAGCGCCACGCAAGGCAUUCUUUUUUUUGGCAGUUUGUGUUUCACACAUACACCACAGCAUUCACUCUGGUAAAUGGAAAUGGCACCCCAAAGGCUGAAGAGUACUCACUUCAGCAAAAGCAGCUCUUGCUUGGCUUGGGAGCCAUUUCCUAUUCAGCCUGUGUUGGUGCUCUCCCUCUUGCCUUCAUGAAUCGUUACGCGUUGAAGAACUCAUUAAUGCAACUUGUUGUCAGAAAACUGCUGCCUGCUCCUCUGCUUGGUCUGACGAGUGCAUUUACUGUGGCGAUGGUGAGAAGCCCAGAAUUUGAUAAUGGGAUAGAAGUGAUGGACAGGAAUGGCAACGUUAUAGGAGUGUCUAAGAAGGCUGGUGAGAAGGCUGUUAUGGAAACAGCAUUGUCCAGAGCAGUCUUGUUUGGGACAACGUUCUUCCUGCCAGAAGUGCUCAUGUACUGUUUGCAGAGAGCAAGAUUUGUUAAAAGUCCUCGUGCUUUGGGUCCUGUGAGGAUGUUUGUGAUUAUGUCAGUCCUAGCAGGGAUGCUGCCAGUCUCCUUUAGUAUGUUCCCACAGUGUGGGGAGAUAAAGCGAGCAGACCUUGAACCAGAAAUUGUGUCAUCUACAGAAGAAACAGAGUUCUUCUACAACAGGGGAAUUUAGAGCCUGGCUGUUGUACAGAAAUGUGUGUGCUGAUCCAAGUGAAUCCUGAAUGCAUCACUGGCAUUUGUGACUGAAUUGUGGUUCUGUGGUGGCAAAGGUGCCAGAUCUGGUGUAGGAUGGUGAGCCUGUAAAGAGGCAGAACUUGGCAACGUGGCUUUGCCAGCCCAGCCUGGAGGCACAUAAACACACCUCACCUGAUGCUGAGAAGUGCUAGGAAAGCACUGUAACACAGCCUUUGUCACAGCCUGUGUUCUGUGCUUCCUCAGAUGAUUGAUUUCUAAAUUAAAUGAUGAGUACAUAA